AGUUUAUUCAGGACUCGGGUAAUGUGAAAAGUAUUUUACUUGACUCGGCUACACGGGUUACCAGUCUUACUUCUCUAAUAUUGCAAUCUGUCACAGGUUUACGCACAAGUUACGCGCACAACAGAAUAAUUGGAUCAGUGAACCAAAUUAGAGGAAGCCAGACUGACCAGUCUCCUUUUGAAAAUAGCUGCACCAGCGCUCCCAGUCGCUAUCGAGACUGUCGCCAUAUGUGUGCAGCGCGUAAAACCGGGAAGCCAUACUCGCAGCAACUGACCCAUAUUUUAAAACUUUAAACUUUUUCUGUUUAAAUGUAAAUUUGGGUCAUUAUUUCGAUUCUUUGAAUUCACGUUAUGCAUUACGCACUCAAGUACACGUGACCAGUCAGGUGACGAAACGGAUCCGGGUAGUUUAUUCAGGACUUAUACAUGUAUUGAAAAGUAAUCAUCCGACUUGGGUAGUCUGCUCGGGUCGUCCCAGCCCAAGCUCCCAUGCAGUCCCUAUUUACUGUCGCCAUUUGUGUGUGGCGCGCAAAGCGGGGACGCCCAACUCAAAGCCGUCGCUCGAAGUGAACACUGGAACAUCCAGAGGAUAAUGAUGGAAGUAGAGAGCCAACCAGAGAGUACUGGUUCUGUUACUGAAACAUGUGUUAUGAUAAACCAUGAGAGAAAUGUGAAGGAAACAGGUGAUCUCAAGACACCAUCUGUUACUGACAUGCUGAAUGUCAAGAAACACACAGAUUUUGGGCGUCCGGCAAAGCAUUUCCAGUAUAGAGAGUGUGGUCAAACUUUUAAAAGAUCAAGUGAAUGUGGGAAAACAUUUGCACAAUCUGGUCAGUUGCAGUCACACACAAGGAUUCACAAUGGAAUAAAAUCUUACAAGUGUGAUGAAUGUGGGAUAACAUUUACACGGUCCUGUAACCUGCAGUCACACACGAGGAUCCACAGUGGAAUCAAGCCUUACCAGUGUGUUGAACAUUGGGAAAGGUUCAGGCAGUCAUCCAGUCGACGGGCACGCAUGAUGAUGCGCUGUGGAAUCAAGCCCCAUAAGUGUGUUGAAUGUGAGAAAACAUUUUCACGAUCAGAUAAUCUGCGGGCACACAUGAGGAUUCACUGUGGAAUCAAGCCCCAUAAGUGUGUUGAAUGUGAGAAAACAUUUUCACGAUCAGAUAAUCUGCGGGCACACAUGAGGAUUCACUGUGGAAUCAAGCCCCAUAAGUGUGUUGAAUGUGAGAAAACAUUUUCACGAUCAGAUAAUCUGCAGACACACAUGAGGAUUCACUGUGGAAUCAAGCCCCAUAAGUGUGUUGAAUGUGAGAAAACAUUUUCACGAUCAGAUAAUCUGCGGGCACACAUGAGGAUUCACUGUGGAAUCAAGCCCCAUAAGUGUGUUGAAUGUGAGAAAACAUUUUCACGAUCAGAUAAUCUGCAGAGACACAUGAGGGUUCAUAGUGGAAUUUUGAAGAAACACAUAAAAAGUCACGUUCGAAUCAGGCCUUCUCAGUGCAUUGUGUGUGAGAAAACAUUUUCACGAUCAGAUAAUCUGCAAAUACACAUGAGGAUCCAUAGUGGAAUCAAGCCCCAUAAGUGUGUUGAAUGUGGGAAAACAUUUACACGAACUGAUAUUCUAAAGGAACACAUGAAAAGUCACAUUGGAAUCAGACCUCAUCAGUGCAUUGUGUGUGAGAAAACUUUUUCACGAUCAGAUAAUCUGCAGAUACACAUGAGGGUUCAUGGUGGGAUCAAACCUUAUAAGUGUGAUGAAUGCGGGAAAACAUUUUCACGUUCAGAUAAUCUGCAGAGACACGUGAGUGUUCACAGUAGAAUCAAGCUGUAUAGGUGUGAUAAAUGUAAGGAAACAUUUACACACUCAGAUAUUCUGCGGACACACAUGAGGAUUCACAGAGUAAUCAAAUCACAUCAAUGUGUGGUAUGUGACAAAACAUUUAAACAAUCAACUUGUCUGUAUAAACACAUGAUGAUUCACAUUGGAAUCAACCUUUAUAAAUGUGAUGAAUGUGGGAAAACGUUUACACGAUCAGAUACUCUGCGAACACACAUAAGGAUUCACCGUGGAACCAAACCUUACAAGUGUGAUGAAUGUGGGAAAACAUUUUCACGAUCAUAUAGUCUGCAGAGACACAUGAGGAUCCAAUGUGGAAUCAAGCCCCAUAAGUGUGUUGAAUGUGGGGCAACAUUUACACACCGAAGUAGCCUGAAGACACACAUGAGGAUUCACAGUGGAAUCAACUGAUUAAGUUGAGUUGAUGGAUGUCUCAUCAGUGUACUGAGUUCAACAGAUAAAUGAUGAAUCAGUCAA